AUGGAGGACAUACUUCUUCGUGUCAUGGUAGUGGUGGUGGGUCUGCUGCUUCCCAGAGAGGACAUGGUCAAUUGGGAACAUGAUGGUGAUGUCAUAAUGAACAUGCAGGAGCACAAAGAGAUGCUGCAGACAGAAAGGUCAAGACUGGAGCAGGAACCGCAUUCUGUUGCCAUGGAGCCAUUGCGUACGAGGCCGGAAGUGUUUCAAAAUCACCCAGAGCUGUUAGAGGAGGAGUCAGAAGUGUCAGAUUUUCACAAGAAACCGCAAACAGUAGAGAGUGAGUUGCCACAAGCACAACACAAACUGUCAAAAGAGAACUGGAACCAGGGGGCAUUGCCAACUGAGAGGUCUAUUUUGGAAAGUGAUGUAUCUGAAGGGGCUAAAAUGGACCAGAGGCUGCCAAAACUGCCAGAAACGGUCAAAGAUCAGAAUGAAAUACAGGUUGACUUUGUCAAAGAAACUUCUACCACAAAUCAAGACGUUUUACCACAUGAUGUAGACUCCUCUCGUGUCAGUCGGGAAGACCCGCAGAUGGGCCAAAAUCCUCAGGAAGGGCACCUGAAAACAAGUCAUCAGAAAGAGACUCUGGUGACUGAACAGGAAUCUGUUGGGUCCGGUGGCGUCUCACAAACUGAUCAAGCAUUUUUGCAGCAAUCACAGGAGGGUCAGCAGUUAAAGGGCAAUACAGGCAGCAAUCACAAAGAGCAGACGCAGAAGACCGAUACAAAGCAUCCAAUGCCAGAAGAGAACACUUACUGGUACUGGUACAUUUGGAAUGCCUACUCCCUGAUGUCAGUCAUCCGUCUCUUCAAGUGGUUUCUGGGACGAAGGCUGAAGAAAGAAACUGUGAAAAACAAAAACAUCUUUGCUGAACUGAGUGUCCCUUCCAAAAUUUCCCUUCCGGAUUACAUGUAUCUGAAACGUUUUUAUGACUGCUGUAUACAGUCUUCCUCACAAGAAAGGGUGUGUGUGUUUAUGGAGGGUUUUGCGACUGACCUUUUGGAAGCUCUAAGAAACACCACUGACAAAGCAACUGACAUGCACUUUGAACCGUUCGUUCCUGUAGGAAGCUUGUGUGAGUUAUGGGCCACAGGGAAGACUCUAGUUUGUGACAUGUACGUUCCCCUCAUUCCUCCAAAGCCUUACAUGUUCCAGUGUCAGCUCCGGAAUGAUAAGAGGAAUGGUGUUUCUUUAGACCCCCAAGGCUUUAGCAAAAUCAAAGUGAUGAAAGGUGGGAGUUCUCAGAAUGGCUGCCCAUGUAGCAGCGGCACGCUAGAAGAUGACGACUUUCUAUGUCUGCUUCACCCUCAUGAUGAAAAAGACAACAUAGUUGUAGAUGCCACGGAUGGUCCUUUCUGCGAGGACAGCACACCUUACCUGGCUAAAGGGAAAGUUGUAAAAUGGUUCAGGGCGGCUGUUCGAAAAGCGUGGGGUGAAGUAAGUCACAAAUAUGACCUUGAACUGAUGUUCCGCCACCAUGACGCCCCUGGUGCUCUAAAGGUCCGUUUUCGGUCGGGGGAGAUGAUUCUGUUCAACGUCACACCCGUGGUGAAAAUCAAGGACACAGAUGUGUAUCUGCUCUCUCAUCUCUCGUCACUGAAAGAUGAUUCGCCAGACAACACAUGGCCCAUGUCUUUUGCCAGUUAUGAAAGGGCUCUUCUUCAGCACUUCGGCAAGAACCUUCCGGAAGAUUCAUGUCACAUUCACAGUCUACAGAUCCUGUCUUUCCUGCAUAAAAAGCAGAUAGCUCUAUCGGGGAAAUGUGGGCUAACAAGCUAUCACCUUAAGAAUGUUUUACUGCAUCUGCUCUUAGCAAAGGAGCCUACAGAAUGGCAGCCCCACAAUUUGACUAGUAGGGUGCAUGACAUGCUAAGCUACCUCCACCACUGUCUUCAAGUCAAAGAGCUUCCACAUGCUUUAGUAGGGAACAGUCUUGUUCCAAGUGAAGUUGAGUUCCCUGUCGAGUUCCGCAAGGCAAAACCGAUCAAUGCUUUCUACCAUCUCAAGUUGAAGCAAAACUUGUACAUCAGAACUGUCAAGCAUUUUCAGGAGAUGGUCAGAAAUACCCCAGUGCUCAUACACGAGUAUAUCUUGCUAAAAUGCCAUGUGCUUUAG